AUGGCAGACAAGUAUCUCGCACCUCCAAAAUCUGCUCCAGAUCUUCACUUCCCCAAAUCUGCCAACAUAGUCAAGGUCUCUUGUAUUGAUAGCACAGCUCGCUUCCGUCUCGGAAUCUCCAACUUCCUGCAGCCUGAAUAUACUGGUCAUCCCGAACUAUGCGGCCCUUCGUUCUCGUUCCUUAUCGAACACCCAUCUUUCAAACCCAUUCUCUUCGACCUAGGCGUACGCAAAGACUGGGAUGCAUUACCAUCCUACUCCAGAUUUGUAAACAACAACUGGUACAUCAAUGUCGAGAAGGAUGUCUCUGAAAUCCUCACCGAGAAUGGCGUCGAUGUUUCCGGUGGRGCAAUCCAAUCUAUCAUCUGGUCUCAUCACCACUGGGACCACGUCGGGAAUCCUGCUCUGUUCCCACAUUCCACAGAGCUAGUUGUAGGACCUGGCUUCAAAGCCGCGUAUCUUCCAGGGUACCCGAAGAAGAAAGAUUCCACGCUCCUAGAGACUGAUUUUGAAGGUCGUCAAGUUCGAGAAGUUGACAUCRAGGAUGAAGGGAAGGGUAUGAAGAUCGGUAGGUUCAAUGCAUACGACUACUUCAACGAUGGAUCCUUCUACCUCCUCGACACUCCCGGCCAUUCCAUCGGCCACAUGUGCGGUCUCGCAAGGACAUCCUCAAACCCAGACACUUUCAUCUUCAUGGGCGGAGAUGCCUCUCACCACGGCGGUGAGUUCCGACCUACGGAAUACUUACCUCUGCCAAAAGAGAUCUUUCCAUCACCAAUGAAGCGUAGAGGACCAGUAUGUCCGGGACAUCUCCUGCAAGACAUGCAUCCUCAUGGUGAAGCGGACAAGCCUUUCUUCUACGUGACGCAGAGUUUCGCCCAUGAUAAGAAGGUGGCGGAUUGGACUAUUGAUGGACUGGGGGAGUUUGAUGGGCAGGGAAAUGUUUUGAUGUUGAUGGCGCAUGAUGAUGCUGUGGUUGAUCCGGCAUGUUUUGAUUUCUAUCCCAAGGCGUUGAACGAUUGGUAUGAGAAGGGGAUUGGCGAGAAGAUUCGGUGGUUGUUUCUGGUGGACUUUGAGACUGCACUCGAGGAGGAGGAGAAAGGUGUAGAGGCAUUUCGCUGGGGUGAGUACCCUUGA